AAGGAUGCAGUGAAGAUUCGAAAGCUGAAGAAAGCGUACGACCAGCUCAACGACCAGAUUAUGCUGAAUAAGACGGCUAUCAACGACGCUGUUGCCUACGUGAAGACCAUCAAAGACGCGGAUGAGGCUAUGGCGAUGGAGCAUCAGGACCAGAUCAUGGAGCUCGUUGUUUCGGUGAACGAAGAGAAAGAGAAACGUCCUGCUGCGCUGGCUGACUUGAUUGUCCAUGAAUGGGCUGGGCGCAACGAGAAUCUUCGCUCUCUCCUCCAACAAGGCGCAUCAGCAGCCCAGACGAGUGAGGCAAAGCACGAGAGGUUGUCGGCUCUCUCCUCCCGCGCUGCCCAUACACCAAACGCCUGGGCUCGAGGCUUGCUCUCCACGCGCGUGCUGACGGUGGAGGACUUCCGCCACGAGCGACUCAUUCGCUCCAGGCUCAACCCGCCCCCACCGCCGCCUUCCAGAGCCAUCCCCGUGCCUCUGUACCCUGGAGAGUCUGUGGAGCAAUACAACCACAGGUUCGAGCAGUGGCUGGCUCAGCGGAAUGAAAGUUUGGACGUAUUGCGCGACCAGCCGAAGCGAGAGCGGCAGUUCCGACUCGCGUUCGCCUUCCUCCGAGAUAACCGAAGGCCUUUAGCAGUGGAGACCAAGAGGCCACACGCGCCAAAGAGGAAGAGUAUUGAUGAGGAGCACCCAGGCGAGAUAUUGGCGUAUCGAAUUAUCUCUGUGGACAGUUAUCUGCGCGAGAUGAAGCUGCCGAAGAACGUUCGCCAUCAGCGCGGGCCAGACGGAAGGUUAGCCAAGAUUCCGGUGCCUUUGUUCCCAGGAGAAACAAUUGUCGAGUUCGACCGCGAGUUCGACCGGUGGCUGCAGCAGCACCGGUCAUCGCUGCUGAUGCUACGCUUCAAGCCGAUGAAAGAACGGAUAUAUCGCUUCCAGUUUGCCCAGCAAAGAGUCAUGCGGAGAAGCUCUUCGUACAGUGCAGAGCGAUCUCAAUCACCGACACGCUCCAAGUCUCUACCGAAACGCAAGGAGAACAUUCGUGAGGCGCACGAGCAGUCUUGCGAAUUACACUGUGAUAGUGAAAAAACCCACAUCGCGAAAGCACCCCAAACUACCGAGGACAUUCAUCGCAAUGCCACCCAGAUACUUUCUCGCGUUGCUGAAUCACGAACAAUGCAAGACUCAAAGAAGCGCCGUCUGACGGAAACGUACGACCACCUCAACAGUCAGAUCACGAUGAACGAGACUGCAAUCGAGGAUGCCCUUGACUAUAUCAAGGCCAUUAAAGAUGUUGAUGAAGCUACAGCGACGGAGCAGCACAACCAAAUUAUGGAGCUCGUCGUCUCAAUCAACAAGGAGAAAGAGAAGCGUGCAUCUGCACUUGCGGACUUGAUCUGCUACGGCUGGAAAGGAAGAGAAGACGCGUUGCUUUCUACUAUACAAGAGGAACCGUCUGAAGCGCAUGCAAGGGGAGCUGGCCACGAAAAGUUAUCAACCAUUUCGUCGCAGAUUGAAGAGAAAGACAGCGUGCUGAAGAAUUUGGAGACGCAUCUGAAAGAGCAGCUUCAGUGGGUGGCUGAGAUGCCGCCAGAUCUCUCUGAAGCAGACAAAUUUAUGCGGUUCAAAGCACUACGGAAACUAUCCAAGAGGUUGGCGAAGGAGCAGACGACGAAAGAGCAACUCGAGGAGGAGCGCGAAAAAGUUAUGAACAGUUUCUUGCAGAGUGACGCCGAGAUCCGAAAGUUGAUCAAGGAAGGGUUGCUGAAAGGCAGGAAACCCCAAUUUUGA